AUCAUUGCUUCAAUGGCUAUUUCGUUAUAAUCAUUUACUUCGCAGAAGAGAAUGCAUAAUAUAUGAGUCUUGUUUAAAAUUUUCUCUAAGAAGUUUCAGUUAUCUUGUAACAGACAAUGCAUAAAUUUUGUUAUUGUUUAUGCAGAUCUUACCAACAUGGAAAAUGAAUAAUGCAAGGCAAAAUAGACAAUCCUUUGAAUGCAAUAAGCAGCUUGCUCAGAUAUCACUAGGGGAGGAAAUGAAUCACACAAGGCAGGAUACACAAUCUAAUAAAUGCAAGAAUCAAUGCAGGCCUGUUGGCAGUGAGGCAUUGCCAGAAAUUCUAACUUGGAAAUGCGCCCUUUAUGGGGUCCUGUUGCAGAAAAUAUCACUUCAAAGCCUUCAGUAAAUUUAUUGGCCAUUGCAGUUGGAAUAAAGCAGAAACAAAUAGUGAAACAAAUUGUUGAAAAGUUUCUGGCAAAUGGUUUUGUAGUGAUGCUUUUUCAUUACGAUGAUGUUGUGGAUGAAUGGCGCGAUUUAGGGUGGAGUAGCCGCGUCAUACAUGUAUCUGUCAUGAAUCAAACAAAAUGGUGGUUUGCCAAGCGUUUCUUACAUCCGGACAUAGUAGCUGAAUAUGAUUAUAUAUUUCUUUGGAUGAGGACCUUGGAGUUCAAGAUUUUGACCCAGCACGGUUAGUAUGAUUUGCAAAUUUUGUUUUUUGUGUGUUAAUUUUGAGUUUCCUUAGUGAUUAUUGUAAGCUUUUACUUAGGCUUGGGCUUGGCUGGUUCGGUACUUCAAUAACACCGAGCAUAACGAUAUUUAUCUGGAAUAUUGGUCGUUCUUGUAUCUAGUAACUAAAUGGCAUGAACUAGUCAAUUGGUUGGAUAUGUGGAAACAUGCACAUAAAUGUAAUCUCAUUCUGUGAUAAGCAUGGCGAGAAAGAAUAUAACCUGUUUUGUAGUU